ACAGGAACACGCCACUACUCCUCUGCUCACCCGCCCACCUCACCCCUGAUUUGUCAACUCCUCCGCGCGCGCGCGUGGCGCCGGCCGGCGUCGGCCGUUGACGCGAUGACCGGCUCCCCCGCGGAUCCCCCGGCGCGGCCGCGGCUGACGGUGCUCCCCCUCAUCGCGCUCAUCUUCUACGACGUCUCCGGGGGGCCCUUCGGCAUCGAGGACUCGGUCCGCGCGGGCGGCGGCGCGCUGCUCCCGCUCCUCGGCUUCCUCGUCCUCCCCGCCCUCUGGUCGCUCCCGGAGGCGCUCGUCACCGCCGAGCUCGCCUCCGCGUUCCCCACCAACGCCGGCUACGUCGCCUGGGUCUCCGCCGCCUUCGGCCCCGCCGCCGCCUUCCUCGUCGGGUUCUCCAAGUGGGCGUCCGGCACGCUCGACAACGCGCUCUACCCGGUGCUCUUCCUCGACUACCUCAGGUCCGGCGGCGGCCUCGUCCUCCCGCCGGUGCUACGCUCGCUGGCGAUCCUCGCGCUCACGGCCGCGCUCACCUACCUCAACUACCGCGGGCUCCACCUCGUGGGCCUCUCGGCGCUGGCCCUCACCGCCUUCUCGCUCUCCCCGUUCGUCGCGCUCGCCGUGCUCGCCGCCCCCAAGAUCCGCCCGUCCCGCUGGCUCUCCUUCAACGCCGGCGCCGUCAACCUGCGCGGCUACUUCAAUUCCAUGUUCUGGAACCUUAACUACUGGGACAAGGCCAGCACGCUCGCCGGCGAGGUCGAGGAGCCCAGGAAGACGUUCCCCAAGGCGGUGUUCGGCGCAGUGGGGCUCGUCGUCGGCGCCUACCUCAUCCCGCUGCUGGCCGGCACCGGCGCGCUGCCGUCGGAGACGGCGGCCGAGUGGACCGACGGCUUCUUCUCCGAGGUCGGGCGGAGGAUCGGCGGGCCCUGGCUCCGCGUGUGGAUCCAGGCCGCCGCCGCCAUGUCCAACAUGGGGCUCUUCGAGGCCGAGAUGAGCAGCGACUCCUUCCAGCUCCUCGGCAUGGCCGAGAUGGGCAUGAUCCCCGCCAUCUUCGCCCGCAGGUCCAAGCACGGGACGCCGACGUUCAGCAUCCUGUGCUCGGCGACGGGGGUAGUGAUCCUCUCCUUCAUGAGCUUCCAGGAGAUCAUCGAGUUCCUCAACUUCCUCUACGGGCUCGGGAUGCUCGUCGUGUUCGCGGCCUUCGUCAAGCUGCGCGCCAAGAACCCGGACCUCCCCAGGCCGUACCGGAUCCCCGUCGGCACCGCGGGGGCCGCCGCCAUGUGCGUCCCGCCCGUCGCGCUCAUCACCACCGUCAUGUGCCUCGCGUCGGCCAGGACCGUCAUCGUCAACGCCGUCGUGGUAGCCGCCGGCGUCGCGCUGUACUACGGCGUCGAGCACGCCAAGAGGCACGCGUGGGUCGAGUUCCUGGCGCCCGUGCCGCCGCCGCCUGACAGCUCCCACGGAUCAACCACGGCGCUUGAAGACGCCGACGUCGAGGACGUCCGCGCCGGGCUGCUCGCCGACGAGACCGCUGACGAAGGUGGCAGCAAGGUCGAGUAGCUUGCCGUUCGGUAUACAGCAGUUCAGUAAGGCCUUGUUUAGUUCGGCGGCGCCGCCAAAAUCACUGCACGGCACCGUAGCACACUGUAGCGUUUUGUUUGUAUUUAUGAAUUAUUAUCAAAUAUUGACUAAUUAGGCUCAAAAGAUUCGUGUCGCAAAGUACAAUCAAACUGUAUAAUUAAUUUUUAAUUUCGUCAACAUUUAGUAUGGUGUUCAUCAGAAAA